CUUACUAAUAAUACUUAAAAGUUAGAUUUGUCCAGCAUAGACUGGAAGUACAAGUAUACAAGGUUUAGACUGGAAGUACAAGUAUACAAGGUUUAGAAAUGGAAUGAAUGGGAAAUAGAUGGCAUCGAAUAAUCAUCAUAAUAUUGUUGCGAGACAUGAUCAACAUUUCUCGGUGGUAUCUUGUUAGUAGUCGUCAGGGGUAUCUCUUGUUGUUGUCCAUCCCACCCAAAAUGUCCCGAAGAAUUCAAACGCCAGUCCAGUAUUCCCAAAACCCAAAGUCCGUCCAUCCAAACCCAAUGAUAAAAGAAAAGAAACAAGGGGGAAAAGGUAAAAGAAAAGAUAACACGCCAAAAAAAUCAAAGAAAACGCCAAACACAACAGAAAACACCACACACACACACACACGAAACACACACAUAACGAACACGACACACACAACACACAGAACACACACAUAACACACACACAUCACACACAAUACAUAAUACACACAUCACAUACAUCACACAUAACGGGAUGAUUGUGUUCAAGGAAAUUCAUCUAAUCUAUCAUGCGGGCAUUCUAAUCGCCUCGCAGCCUACGCGGUAUAUGUAUAACACUGCUUAACUUUUCGA